AGAGCGCGAAACAAGGAGAAGAAACAGGAAAGAGACGAAAGUGUAAUUUUUUUUAGAGAGAGAAAAUAAACAUAAAAUUUGUAGAGAGAGAAAAUAAACCCCCCAGAAAAAAAGGGAAAUUAAAAAGAAAAUCAAAAUCUUCUUCUUCUUCAUCUUCUUCCCUCUUUCAAAGUGUUCAACGCGUGAAAUGAUUUUCGCUAGCAUUUAGGGUAACGAGAAAUUUCCGACGAAAAAGGGCGUAUUUUUUUCUUCAAAUUACAAUCUUUUUAAAACCCUAGAAUUUCAAAAUUUAGGAUCUAAUUUAAUUAUAAUUCCACAUUUUCGACAUUGAAUUUGAUUUGUUUUUAAUUGAGAAUUUAAUCGAUCGAUCGAUUGAUUGAGAAUCGUUGAUUUGAUCGGAGAAAAUUCGGAUCUAACGGUGAGGAAUAAUCCGGGUCGUCGGAUGACAAACGACGUCGUCGGAUGUUCCAAGGAACAAAGAAGAAAACGAUGAAAUGGACGUCAUUGCUUAAAGACUUAAAAGAGAAGGUUGGAUUAAGUCAACAACAAGAAUCUGUAUCUUCUUCAUCUUCUUCAACAUCACCAUUAUCAUCGUCGACAUUUUCUUCUUUUGCUGCAUCUUCUCUCUCCUCUGUAGCUGGGUUGCGUGAUAAUUACAAUGCUGCCCCUCAUUCUACACCAGAUUAUCACCACACUUACCUCACAAAUCCAAGAGACAAACAUGAGCUUGAGCUGGACUUCAAGAGAUUCUGGGAAGAGUUUCGUUCUUCUAGUUCCGAGAAGGAAAAGGAAACGGCCUUGAACAUGGCUGUUGACGCAUUUUGUAAAUUGGCAAAGCAGCAUGCUGAUGUAGCGCAGUUAGUGAAUAUGUUAGUUGAGACGCAUAUCUUCUCUUUCGUUGUAGGAAGGGCUUUUGUUACAGAUAUUGAGAAAUUGAAGAUUAGCAAUAAGGCGAGAUCAUUGGCUGUAGCAGGAGUUUUAUGUUUUUUUUCGGAGGCUACAAAGGAUGGCAUAUGCCCUGGUGCAAAUCUCCUGAGUGCAAUAGAACUUCUUGUAUCUGGGCCACUUGAUAAGCAGUCUCUCCUUGAUUCUGGAAUCCUCUGCUGUCUUAUUUAUAUUCUGAAUGCUCUUCUGGGAUCCAGCGAAGGAUAUAGUGGUGAUAAGGUGUCUGAACAUGAUAAACAAUUAGCAAAUGACCAUGUAGCAGAUGCUGAUGGUCUUAGAACUCGUCAACUUGAGGUUGAAGGAAGUGUUGUGCACAUCAUGAAGGCAUUAGCAAACCACCCUUGUGCAGCUCAAAGUUUGAUUGAAGAUGAUUCACUGCAGCUACUAUUUCAAAUGGUUGUCAAUGGUUCAUUGACCGUGUUUAUGCAAUACCGAGAUGGUCUUGUUCCCUUGCACUCCAUUCAGCUUCACAGGCAUGCAAGGCAGAUUCUUGGUCUUCUUUUAGUGAAUGACAAUGGAAGCACAGCCAAGUAUAUCAGGAAACAUCACCUGAUAAAAUCUCUUCUGAUGGCCAUCAAGGACUUUAAUCCUGAUUGCGGUGAUCCUGCUUACACAAUAGGCAUUGUGGACUUAUUGCUGGAAUGCAUUGAGCUUUCACAUAGACCAGAGGCUGGAGGUGUGAAGCUCCGGGAGGACAUUCAUAAUGCCCAUGGUUAUCACUUUCUUGUUCAGUUUGCUCUAACACUGGCUUCCAUGCCCCAGAAUCAGACUGAUCAGCCCACACAUUCCAAAUCUUUGUCUGAGAGUUCGGUUGCAGAUGUUUCUCUAGCUAGUGGAAAUUCAGGAAAACAAGAAGUAAUUGAUAGAGAAGAUGGAAAAAUAUCAAAUCUUUCUCCUGCAUUAUCUAGGUUGCUUGAUGUUCUUGUGAAUUUAGCUCAAACAGGUCCAGCAGAACCACCUACAGCCAGAAGUUCUAAAUCAUCCAGUGCGAAAGGUGGUGGCCAUGGAAGAAGUCGUACAAUUUCAUCUGACAUGAUUGCUGAUGAAUUUUGGGAGAGAGGAAAUGGUAAAGUAAAAGACCUAGAAGCAGUGCAGAUGUUGCAGGAUAUUUUUCUUAAAGCUGGCUGCACAGAGUUGCAGGCAGAAGUUUUAAAUCGGAUGUUUAAGAUAUUCUCUAGUCAUAUUGAGAAUUAUUCAUUGUGUCAGCAAUUGCGGACUGUGCCACUUUUCAUACUGAAUAUGGCUGGCUUUCCACAUGCUUUGCAAGAAAUCAUUUUAAAGAUUCUUGAAUAUGCUGUCACUGUUGUGAAUUGUAUUCCUGAACAGGAGUUGCUGUCACUUUGCUGUCUACUACAGCAACCAAUUACAUCUGAUUUGAAGCACACUAUUCUUUCUUUCUUUGUGAAGCUUCUAUCUUUUGAUCAGCAGUAUAAAAAGGUCCUGCGUGAAGUUGGGGUACUUGAGGUUUUGUUAGAUGAUCUAAAGCACAACAAGUUUCAGUCAGGACCUGACCAGCAAAAUGGUGAGUCGAACCACUUGGAGAGGAAGUCCAGCCCAAGUGGCUUCCAGAAGCAUAUGCACAGUAAAGAUGCUAUUAUCACUUCACCCAAACUCAUGGAUUCUGGUUCUGGCAAGUUCCUUCUUUUUGAAGUUGAGAUUACAAUAUCUAUUGCUUGGGAUUGUAUGGUUUCUUUGCUAAAGAAAGCUGAGACUAAUCAAUCCUCUUUCCGAGCUGCCAAUGGCGUGGCUGUUGUUCUCCCUCUUUUGGUGUCUGAUGUUCAUCGUUCUGGGGUGCUUCGAACAUUGUCAUGCUUGAUAAUGGAGGAUAUAAGUCAGGCUCACGCUGAAGAAUUGGGACUGCUGCUUGAGGUGAUGAAAAGUGGAAUGCUUACCAGUCUUUCAGGGUCUCAGUACAAGCUGCAUGAUGAUUCGAAAUGUGACAUUUUUGGGGCCUUGUGGCGCAUUUUGGGUGCUAAUAAUGCAGCUCAGAGAGUGUUUGGUGAAGCAACUGGGUUUUCUCUGCUACUCACUACUCUACAUAGUUUCCAAAGUGAUGGAGAGCAGACAAAUCAGUCUCAAUAUUUUGUUCAUGCUAAAGUCCUUACAUACUUAUUACGUGUGGUGACAGCUGCAGUUUGUGAGAAUCCCAUUAAUAGAACAAAGUUGCAUAUAAUAGUAUCAUCACAUACAUUUUAUGAUCUCUUAUGUGAGUCAGGAUUACUAUCUGUGGAUUUUGAGAGGCAAGUUGUACAUCUAUUGUUGGAGCUUGCUCUUGAAUUAGUUAUUCCUCCUUUCUUGGCUUCAGAAAGUGCUGCAUCACGUGAUAAAGUUGAAUCAUCCUGUUUUGUACUGACUACUCCCUCUGGUGCUGUCAAUCCUGCAAUGGAGAGGGUGUAUAAUGCUAGUGCUGUCAGGGUAAUUCUAAGGUCCUUGCUGCUCUUUACUCCUAAAGUUCAGUUGGAGGUUCUGGAGCUUAUUGAAAAGCUUGCUCGUGCUGGACCUUUUAAUCAGGAGAACCUUACAUCUGUUGGUUGUGUGGAGCUUCUGUUGGAGAUGAUACACCCCUUCCUUCAAGGCUCAUCACCCUUACUUUCACAUGCUUUGAGGAUUGUUGAAGUUUUGGGUGCAUAUAGGCUAUCUACGUCAGAACUUCGAUUGCUUGUCAGAUAUGUUCUUCAGUUGAGGAAGAAAAAUUCUGGUGAUAGUCUUGUUGGCAUGAUGGAAAGGUUAAUAGAUACGGAGGACAUGGGUUCAGAGAGUGUUUCUUUGGCUCCGUUUGUAGAGAUGGACAUGAGCAAAGUUGGUCAUGCUUGUAUCCAGGUUUCUCUUGGGGAAAGAUCUUGGCCUCCAGUGGCUGGUUAUUCCUUUGUUUGCUGGUUUCAAUACCAGAAUUUCUUGAAGUCACCUUCUAAGGAGACCGACCAUUCCAAGGUUGGACCUAGGAAGGUUAGUUCUUCAGGACAGCAGCAGCAGGUUUUGAGACUGUUUUCUGUUGGAUCUGUAGAUAGUGGAAAUACAUUCUAUGCAGAGCUUUAUCUUCAAGAGGAUGGUGUCCUAAAACUUGCAACAAGCAAUUCUUCCGCACUAUCAUUCUCUGGUUCAGAUUUGGAGGAAGGUCGCUGGCAUCAUCUUGCAGUGGUUCAUAGCAAACCUAAUGCUUUGGCUGGUUUGUUCCAAGCCAGUAUUGCCUAUGUAUAUCUUAAUGGAAAACUUAGAUACACUGGAAAACUUGGAUAUUCUCCAUCUCCUAUAGGGAAACCGUUGCAGAUAACAAUAGGUACGCCAGGCACUCAUGCAAGAGUUAGUGAACUUCAGUGGAAGCUGCGAAGUUGCUAUCUUUUUGAAGAAGUGCUUACCUCAAGCUGUAUAUGUUUCAUGUACAUUCUUGGUAGAGGAUAUCGAGGUCUUUUUCAAGAUACAGAUCUUUUGCGCUUUGUUCCCAAUCAAGCUUGUGGCGGGGAUAGCAUGGCCAUACUAGAUUCAUUGGAGGCUGAUGUGAGUUCAGUUGCUGGAGCUCAGAAGCCUGACAAUUCUGUCAAACCAGGUAUCUCUAGGGCAGAUGGAAGUGGGAUUGUCUGGGACUUGGAACGUCUGGGAAACCUUUCCUUGCAGCUUUCAGGGAAGAAGCUAAUUUUUGCAUUUGAUGGGACAUCUGUAGAGCCUCUUCGAGCAUCUGGGACUCUCUCAUUGCUCAAUCUUGUUGAUCCUAUGUCAGCUGCUGCUUCUCCAAUAGGAGGUAUUCCACGUUUUGGACGUCUUCAUGGUGACAUCUAUGUCUGCAAGCCUUGUGUGAUUGGUGAUAUCAUCCAACCAAUUGGUGGGAUGAUUUCGGUCCUUGCUCUUGUUGAGGCUGCUGAAAGCAAAGAUAUGCUACACAUGGCGUUGACUCUGCUUUCUUGUGCUCUGCAUCAAAAUCCACAGAAUGUGAGAGAGAUGCAAGCUUGUCGGGGGUAUCAUCUGCUAUCACUAUUUCUUUAUCGUAGAAUGUCACUGUUUGAUAUGCGCUGUCUUGAGAUAUUUUUCAAGAUUGCUGCUUGUGAGGCUUCAUUUUCUGAACCAAAGAAGUUGGGAGUUUCUCAUAUUAGCUUGUCUCCUGCAACAAGUGCUCCCGAGUCCAGUUUUGAGGAGCUUAAUUUGUCCAAAUUCCGUGAUGAGUCAUCCUCAAUCGGAUCUCUUGGGGACAUGGAUGAUUUCUCUGCACAGAAAGAUACAUUUAGUCAUAUAUCAGAGCUUGAGACAGCUGAUAUGCCACCUGAGAAUUCAAAUUGCAUCGUCCUCUCCAAUGCUGAUAUGGUUGAACAUGUGUUACUGGACUGGACACUUUGGGUGACUGCACAAGUUUCUAUCCAGAUUGCGCUGCUGAACUUUCUUGAGCAUUUGGUUUCUAUUCACUGGUACAGAUUUCACAAUCUUACUGUACUUCGACGAAUUAAUCUUGUGCAGCAUCUGCUGGUUACUCUACAGAGGGGUGAUGUUGAGGUACCUGUUUUGGAGAAGUUAGUUGUUUUGCUUGGAGUUAUUCUGGAAGAUGGGUUUCUUGCUGCUGAACUAGAAAACGUGGUUACGUUUGUUAUCAUGACAUUUGAUCCACCUCAGUUGACAAGUCGCUCUCUGGUUGUACGAGAGUCAAUGGGGAAGCAUGUCAUUGUGCGUAAUAUGUUGCUGGAAAUGCUCAUAGAUUUACAAGUGACCAUAAAAUCUGAAGAGUUGCUUGAGCAGUGGCAUAGAGUGGUGUCGUCAAGGAUAAUUACAUAUUUCCUUGACGAAGCUGUUCAUCCAUCAAGCAUGCGCUGGAUUAUGACACUUCUUGGUGUGUGUCUGACAUCUUCCCCAACAUUUGUGCUUAAGUUUCGGACGAGUGCGGGGUAUCCAGGGUUGACAAGAGUGCUUCCAAGUUUCUAUGAUUCACCAGACAUAUAUUACAUUCUCUUCUGCUUGAUGUUUGGCAAACCAGUUUACCCAAGAUUACCAGAAGUCCGUAUGCUGGAUUUUCAUGCUCUGGUACCCAGUGAUGGGGAUCAUAGCGAGUUAAAAUUUGUUGAACUUCUGGAAUCUGUUAUUGCUAUGGCAAAAUCUACAUUUGAUCGGCUGAGUAUGCAAUCAAUGCUCGCCCACCAAACUGGUAAUCUUUCACAGGUUGGUCCUAGUCUUGUUGCAGAACUGGCGGAUGAAAAUUCCGAUAUGAUUGGGGAACUUCAGGGUGAAGCUCUAAUGCACAAAACAUAUGCUGCGCGUUUGAUGGGUGGGGAGGCAUCGGCCCCUGCUGCUGCUACUUCAGUCUUGAGGUUUAUGGUUGAUUUGGCAAAAAUGUGCCCUCCAUUUGCUAGUGUUUGCAGGCGAGCAGAAUUUCUUGAGAACUGUGUUGAGCUGUAUUUUUCCUGUGUGAGGGCUUCCUAUGCUGUUAAGCUUGCAAGGGAACUUUCCGCUAAAACUGAGGAGAAGAACAUCAAUGACUUUGAAGAUACCAAUAGCUCUCAGAAUACAUAUUCUAGUUUGCCUCAGGAUCAGGAUCAGUCUGGAAAGACAUCUAUAAGUGUUGGGAGCUUUCCUCAAGGACAGGUCAGCUCGAGCUCAGAAGACAUGCCUAUGCCGAUAAAUGACAUAUUAAUCGAGCAUGAAGAUCUCAAUGCCUUAGGUAAACAGCCAGGAGUAAUUAAAGCACAAGAUGAACCCGCAGCUCAUCAGAUGAAUAUGACUCCUUCUGACAUCAAGGAUGUCAAUGUCCAAAAAAUAAGUACCACCCUUAAUUUGAAUAACCCUACAGAUUCUCAUAGUUCGACAUCUUUUGCAAUGCCUAAUUCUCCAAUACUAUCUGAGAGAUCUGGCUCCAAGUUGGCACCAACACCCGGUCCGUCCUCUGGUGCUGCACUCACAUCUGGACCUCAUUUAAGUGCGAAUGCCUUCUUAGUAUCUUCUAACCUGACAAGUGAAAGUGGUUCUAUUGUGGAUAAGAAGUCCCCUUCCAGAGGAGCAUCUGCUGAAAACCCCUUUUUCGUGAUAAACUCAAAACUCCUGCUUGAAAUUGAUGAUUCUGGAUACGGUGGAGGACCAUGUUCUGCGGGUGCUACUGCUGUAUUAGAUUUUUUGGCUGAAGUUCUUUCUGAUGUUCUUACUGAGCAGAUAAAAGCUGUGCCGAUGGUGGAACGCCUUCUUGAAAGUGUCCCAUUAUAUGCUGAUACUGAAGCUGUGUUAGUGUUUCAGGGUCUUUGCCUGAGCAGAGUUAUGAACUUUCUGGAAAGGCGUCUUCUGCGUGAUGAUGAGGAGAAUUCAAAAAAGUUAGAUAAGACUCGCUGGUCAUCAAAUCUAGAUCUGUUAUGUGGCAUGAUAGUUGAUCGUGUCUACAUGGGUGCUUUUCCAAGACCAUCUGGGGUCAUGAGAACGUUGGAGUUCUUGUUAUCAAUGCUGCAAUUGGCUAACAAAGAUGGCCGAAUUGAAGAAGCAUACCCUGUAGCCAAAGGCUUAUUAUCUAUUGGAAGAGGAAAUAGGCAGCUUGAUCCAUACAUAAGUGCAAUCCUUAAGAACACAAAUAGGAUGAUCUUGUAUUGCUUUCUUCCAUCAUUUUUGGGUACCAUUGGAGAAGAUGAUCUUCUGUCCGCUUUAGGAAUUCCAAAUCCAUAUGAGAAAGGGCAAACAACAACCUGCCAGCAAGAAGAUACAGGGAUUAAUGUUUGUACUGUCUUGCAACUAUUGGAUGCGCAUAUACGAAUUGUCUUCUGCCCGAGUAAUGUGGAUGCCGAAUUGAACUCAUGUCUUUGUGUUAAUCUGAUAUCACUUCUCCGUGACCGAAGACCAAAUGCUAGGAACAUGGCAAUGGAUAUCCUCAAGUUUCUAUUAGUUCAUCGCAGGGCAUCUUUUGAAGAUUUGCUUGUAUCAAAGUCAAAUCGUCUGGAUGUAAUGCGUGGAGGUUUUGACAAACUCUUGACCGGAAGCAUAUCAAAUUUUUUUGAGUGGCUUCAGGGUUCUGAACACAUAGUCAAUAAGGUUCUGGAGCAAGGUGCUGGGCUUAUGUGGGUGCAGUCUAUUACGGGAUCCUCUAAGUUUCCAGGAAUAAGAAUAAAGUCAAUGGAAAACCAUCGUGGAAAUGAUUUGAUUAAGAAAUCAAAGGAGUUGGGGAGGUCAGAUGCAAAACAUUGGGAGCAGAUAACAGAACGCAGAUAUGCACUUGAAGUAGUUCGGGAUGCCAUGUCAACAGAAUUGCGUGUUGUGCGUCAGGAUAAGUAUGGAUGGGUUCUUCAUGCUGAGAGUGAAUGGCAAACUCAUCUCCAGCAGCUUGUACAUGAGCGAGGCAUAUUUCCCAUGCGGAAGGCUCCUGAAACAGGGGAGCCUGAGUGGCAGCUUUGCCCCAUUGAAGGUCCAUAUAGAAUGCGGAAAAAGCUUGAGCGUUGCAAACUUAAAGUUGAUACCAUUCAGAAUGUGUUAGAUUGGCAGUUUGACUUAGGACAGACAGAUUUUUCUAAAGAGAAAAAUGAGAAUGGUCUUGAUGCUUCUGAUUCAGGGUCCGGUUCUUUCUCUCAGCUUUUAGUCGAUGGUGCCGGGCAAUUGAGUUUAGAGGGUGAGCUAUAUGAUGAGUUCUCUGUCAAAGAUUCUGAAGAUGUCAGAGAAGUUUCUUCUGCUAGAGCAGCACUGAUUGAUGAUCGUACCAGUAGUGUCAAUGAAGCAAGUCUCCAUUCUGCAGUGGACUUUGGUGCUCGGUCUAGUGCAUUAUCAGGGCCAUUAUCUGAUAGCAUACAAGGAAAAUCCGAGUUGGAAUCUGCGGCAAUGUCUUCUUCAAUGAGAACUGAUGAUGUUAGAGCCACCGAGGAUAAAUCAGAGAGAGAGAUACUUGACAAUGGGGAAUAUCUUAUCAGACCUUAUCUAGAACCGCUUGAGAAGAUACGUUUUAAGUAUAAUUGUGAGAGAGUUGUUGGUCUUGACAAACAUGAUGGUAUCUUUUUGAUCGGAGAACUCUGCUUGUAUGUGAUUGAAAACUUUUUUAUUGAUGGUUCUGGGUGCAUAUGUGAGAAGGAAUCAGAAGAUGAAUUGUCUGUUAUAGAUCAGGCAUUAGGAGUAAAGAAGGAUGUGAUGUUUAUGGAUUUUCAGUCCAAAUCAACAUCUUCAUGGGCUGCCGCUGCCAAAACUUAUGCAGGCGGUAGGGCUUGGGCUUUCAAUGGAGGUGCUUGGGGAAAAGAGAAAGUUUAUGCUAGUGGAACUUUGCCACAUCCCUGGCGUAUGUGGAAGCUUGAUAGUGUACAUGAAAUUUUGAAGCGCGAUUACCAGCUACGCCCGGUUGCUAUUGAGAUUUUUAGCAUGGAUGGAUGCAAUGACCUCCUGGUUUUCCACAAGAAGGAGAGAGAAGAGGUCUUCAAAAAUCUGGUUGCCAUGAAUCUACCAAGAAAUAGCAUGUUGGAUACAACCAUUUCAGGGGCAUCAAAACAAGAAAGUAAUGAGGGCAGCCGUCUUUUCAAGAUUAUGGCUAAAUCAUUUUCUAAGAGGUGGCAAAAUGGGGAAAUCAGCAAUUUUCAAUAUCUCAUGCACCUGAACACUUUGGCAGGACGUGGAUACAGUGAUCUUACACAGUAUCCCGUCUUUCCAUGGGUUCUUGCAGAUUAUGAGAGUGAAGAUCUAGAUUUGUCAAAUCCGAAGACAUUUCGCAGACUUGAUAAAUCAAUGGGCUGUCAAACUCCCGAAGGUGAAGAGGAAUUCAGGAAGAGGUAUGACAGCUGGGAUGAUCCGGAGGUCCCGAAAUUUCAUUAUGGUUCUCAUUACUCUAGUGCUGGAAUAGUUCUCUUUUAUCUUCUACGUCUUCCUCCAUUUAGUACUGAAAAUCAAAAACUGCAAGGUGGUCAGUUUGAUCAUGCUGAUCGUCUUUUCAAUAGUAUUGGUGACACUUGGGGUAGUGCAGCUGGGAAGGGAAAUACAUCUGAUGUGAAGGAGUUGAUUCCUGAGUUCUUCUACAUGCCGGAGUUCCUUGCGAAUAGUUUCAAUCUUGACUUAGGGGAGAAACAAUCAGGAGAAAAGGUCGGGGAUGUUGUUUUACCUCCAUGGGCAAAAGGAAGUGUCAGGGAAUUCAUAAGAAAGCAUCGGGAAGCACUUGAAUGUGAUUAUGUUUCAGAAAAUCUACAUCACUGGAUUGACCUAAUAUUUGGGUACAAGCAGAGAGGCAAGGCUGCUGAGGAGGCUGUGAAUGUUUUCUAUCAUUACACAUAUGAGGGGAGCGUGGACAUAGACUCUGUCACGGACCCUGCUAUGAAAGCUUCUAUUCUGGCUCAAAUUAAUCACUUUGGACAAACUCCUAAGCAACUAUUCCAGAAGUCCCAUGUGAAGAGGAAGGUUGACAGAAAGCCCCCUCACCCUCUGAAACACUCUAUCAAUCUUGUUCCUCAUGAUGUACGGAAGAUCUCAUCUUCCAUAACUCAGAUUGUCACCGUGAAUGAUAAAAUUCUUGUGGCUGGUGGAAACAAUGUGCUUAAACCAAGAACGUAUGCUAAAUAUGUAGCUUGGGGUUUCCCUGACCGUAGUUUAAGAUUUAUGAGCUAUGAUCAAGACAAACUCCUAUCAACACAUGAAAAUCUUCAUGGGGGAAACCAAAUUCAGUGUGUUGGUGUCAGCCAUGAUGGUCAAACUGUGGUUACUGGGGCUGAUGACGGGCUGGUUUCUAUUUGGAGAAUCAACAAAGAUAGUGCUCGUAGAGUACGGCGAUUGCAAUUGGAGAAAGCACUCUCUGCUCACACAGCCAAGGUGUCAUGCCUUUAUGUGAGCCAGCCUUACAUGUUGGUUGUCAGUGGUUCUGAUGAUUGCACUGUUAUUUUAUGGGACCUGAGCUCAUUAGCUUUCGUAAGGCAACUUCCAGAGUUCCCAUCACCUGUCUCAGCAGUAUAUGUCAAUGACUUAACAGGUGAUAUUAUAACUGCAGCAGGGAUUUUGCUUGCUAUCUGGAGCAUCAAUGGUGACUGCCUUGCCGUAAUCAACACUUCCCAACUUCCAUCUGAUUUUAUUUUAUCAGUGGCAAGCUCAAUGUCAUCUGAUUGGCAGGACACAAAUUGGUAUGUAACUGGUCAUCAAAGUGGGGCUGUUAAGGUGUGGAAAAUGGUUCAUUGUACUGACAAAGAGAGUGCUCAGAGCAAGCCAACUGUCAAUGGAACAGCUGGGUUGGCACUCAGCAGACCACCAGAAUACAAAUUGCUUCUUCAUAAGGUACUCAAGUCUCAUAAGCACCCGGUUACUGCACUUUAUCUGACAACUGAUCUGAAACAACUGUUAAGUGGUGAUUCUGCUGGACAUUUGCUCUCAUGGACAUUGCCAGGAGAUAGUUUGAGGGGUUCAUCUAGUUUUGGUUGAUGAUAUAUACAUUUAUAGGAAUUGGUUUAUUUGACCUGAUCGUUCUGCUGCAAUUGGUUUACGUGACCGUUUUGCUGCCCUUCGCUAGGCCCUGUCUCUUAAGGGUACAAUUGGUUUACCCUCAGAACCUCGCUUGGAUUUGAUGGGCCUACCUGCGAGGUUGGACCAUUGAAGCACGACAACUGGGCUCUCGUGGGAUGGAAUUGUGAAAGUGCCCUGUCAAUGUCAUUAGGGCUUCUGACAUAGAAGGAUCAUAAGUUGGGAUCUGAUAGUUGCUCGGGAUUCGAGUUACAUGGUGGAAGGCGGUUUUUGGGGUUUUGGGAUAUUCUCCCUGAUAUACUAAAUGUUGGAUGUACAUAGAUGAAUUAGGAGCUGUGUGUAAUCAAAUGUAUAGUAUUUUGUUUUCCUUCCCUAUUUUUGGGGGUUAGGAGGGAUGAGGUCAAUUAGGAGGCGGAUCAUAUAACAUGAUUCAUGAGUUUGAUUAAAGGAAAGUUGAAUUUGUCAGCAUGAUUCCCUUUGGAUCUUCCUUUUUUGUUGAUCUUUUUUUAUUAAAAGAAAAAAUAUACUCCUCA